AUGGACGCCAUGGGGCGCCCGACCAUUCGCGGCGCGGCCCAGGCGUUGGUGUUGCUGUUCGGAGCAUCCGUCAUUGCAGGCGCACUCAGGAGGGAAGAAGGGCUGGACCAGGGAUCGUGGUUUCGAGACAAUCCCAUUAGUUCGAGGCUCACUGCCGAAGGUGCAGUUCACAGGUGGACCACUGACUCGGAACGCUUUGCCCAAGCCCUUCUGCAGAGUUCGGGAGAUGUAGAAAACAGCUACAACAGUCAGGACGGUGACGUCGUUGCGGUUCCACCUACCGUUACCGUAGAUCCUGAAGAAUCUUUCCCUAUACUGACAGCCAGCACAUCAUCAGAUUACGGAGAUUUCAGUGACGGCACCGCAUCAUUCCUGGUAUCUUCAGACUUUGCCGCUAGUGAAACCUGGGAACUGUCCAGAACUUCAGUCGUGUAUCCGGGACCUUCCGUGGCUUCUCAUGGAACGACAGCCGGCCCUCUGACGCCAGAGCCUGAAUUUAUGACACCGUCGUUUUAUAGUGAAACCGCGAGUGCGUUUUCGUUAGAAUCUGACGGUCUGACAUCGCCGUUUUCAGUUUUUUCAGACGAAAGCAUCUCCGAUGAUACUGUCUUAAUAACACCCUCGUUUCCCGUAGAUAGCACAAGUGCACUCACACCAGCGCCUGACACUAUGACGCCACUUUCAGCGAGCCCCGUGACACCCCUGCUUUCCUCCAGCUAUAUUUCUCUCCUAGACGAGUCGUUCGCAGUGACAGAGAGUGUUUCUUCGCUAGACAUUGAAGACGUGAGCGUAACCAGUAGUAUGUAUUCGGGAAAUGAAUCGGGACCGGUGUUCAACAACGAGUCUUCGAUGCAGCACACUUUGUUUCCGACAACCGCUGAGAUUUCAACUUCCACUGAUAUCCAGAAAAACGUUUCUGCACCAUAUGACUCUGCAGUUGAUCCAUAUCGGCAUGUUGUAACUUCUGUUAAUAGAGACAAUGAUACCAUUCCACCGGUCAUCGAGUCUUCCAGGUCUUCUCCUCAGCUGACCACUAUGCCAACAUCGACGAGCCCCUUCUAUUCCUCAAGCUCGACGUCGUCCUCGUUAUUAAGACCGGAAACGCUGUUACCUUUCACCACUAAACUGCUCCCUAUAGAAAAGACAUUCGAUAUCGAGACGGGAUCCCGCUCCUUGAGUGCCGCCACAACGGAAAUGCUACCAGCGGGAAAAACGGAAGCGUCGUACUUUUCCGGACCAUCGGCCUUGUGGACUUCAGAAAAGGGCCGCGACCGGACGCCCUUGGGGAGUUGGCGCAGUAGUGCGGAAUCCAACAGGCCGACGCUGUUGUGGUUUACCACGAGCCCGCCCGCGACGAGAAAGACGGACUGGUUUCUGACAUCAGUGUCCAAGUGGUUUGUGCCGCCGUCAACGACCCUGCCGGAUUGGAGUCGCAGCCCACCGGACGCCUUCGUCCGGCCAACCUCGGUGUUCAACUCGUUCGGUAACCUAGACAACGGGUCUGAGCCGUCUCCGGAAGCGCUGAAUGAUCAGAUGAAGUAUUGGAUAAGGACAGUGAUGCGCAUAGAGCGCUACAACCAUUCAAACACUGAGAAACUUGCGAAGAACCUGGCAUUCGUGUACGAAAAAGCAUUCGCCCAGCGCCAUGCUUCAAGGCGAGGGAGGCGCUACACUGGCAGAUCCAUGGCUGUUCAGGUGGUGAAUCUCUCUGUGGACUAUAAGGACCAGCUCAUGUCUCUCGUCUACACGCUGUCGCAAGAGGGCAAACCUGUGCCGGCGGAGAUAGCAGUGGACGCCAUGUCUGUGGUCAACGAGACAGACAUGUCUCGGCUGCUUGGUUACCCGGUCGUCGUAAAGGCUGAGCCUUACGUGAAGCCAACGAAAACAGAGUCAGUCUCGCGGCUGGCAUGGAUAGUAGCAGGUGUUCUGGUGUCCAUCUUUGCCCUCGUCUUGCUGUUCUUGGUGCUUUACUGCAAGUGCUGCCGACCGAAAGUGCAUCGCAGUCCGUUCAGCGAUUCCGGCUCUGUUCGCUCUUACGGCCGAGCCAAUAGGCGUAAAAUGUUUGAAGAGUCUGCCGGAAAGUUCGGAUCGCUCGGUGAAAAAACCUACAAGGACGUGUUCACAAGCCCCAUGCAUGUGCCGUCAGCGCCUCCGGUGGAAUCAGACGUGCUAACAACACGAUCCAGGCCGAAGAAUCUCAGCGAGUAUUUCGUAAGCAAGGCUUACGAACCAGACCGGGGAGUGCGGGCAUCAGCGGCUGCAAGCAGCAGACUGCGUGUUAAUCCUGAUUACGAUGAAGUCAGUCCAGGCUUGGACGAGAUCAAAGGAGGCUUAUUCGAUCACGUGCCUCCGCCUCCAUUAGACUCGGCGGACUGCCCCCUGCCGCUACCUCGUAAGAACUUGCAGAUGGAUGUUCAUCAAGGGGAUUUGGAUAGCGACAGCGACACCUCCCUCGAAUCAACCACGACGGCUGAAUCGGCCGAAGAAAAGACGGCAACAAGCGCACAGGAAAGUGUCUCUACAUCAUUGCUUUCUGACGAGCCCUCCGAAGUAAACCACAUCGACAGUCCAGGAAAGCCGUGUUCAGAUGAAGACCUCAAGGAGGCCCAGAAAGAGUUGGACAACAUGAAGAAGAAAAUCGGGGACAUCCUCGACAGCGCCCUUGAAAAAGCAGCGGCUAAGAAGGUUUAUGGCAGCCUCCGCAGGCAGCGUGUCCCUCCAUCUGCAACUGCAAUGAGAAGGACCAGCAGUUUGAAGGUGCCGAGGCCGCACCACUCGUCGGCAAAUGCCCUUCACAGACCGCAAGUGCUUUCGUUUUCACCGGAAGAACCGGGGAAGAAGGACGCACCGACGCAGACCACCGACCUGGCAUCUGGAAAACCCCGUGUGGUGUGGUCGAUUUACAAGACGUCAGAAGCUGCCGCACAAACUUCUUUUCUGGAGUGCAAGUUAAACAGGGACGACGAGUCGGUGUCCUCCCGGAGAGCAGAUCCUGGUGAACAAUCUCCCAUAACUUCCAGCGUCCGAGAUUCCACCCAGGCGAUGCUCAGCGCCAUCCGCGGCGAGCUGCAGAAGUUCACGGUAGCACAGAGGACGCAGAACGGCGAGAGCUUCGCGUAAAAACUAAACGGAGAUGCCCGCAAAAGGAGACACUAGUUCUCUAACCGUUUUUAUGCUGAUUUAUCAGGAGAAGAGCUUCAGAGUAGAUAAAAAAAAAAUCCUCACUUUGAAUCCUGGAUCAGGGAUCGUAAAUUGGGAGACGGAACUUUCUGACAAAUCCGUACGGAUUUCCUUGUAGCUUCUUGCUACGUAAGAAUAGGUCGAUGACUCUUUUCUUCCUUUGGCGCUAGUAGAAUUGCACCAGUUGUGAAGAGAGGGCUAAUUCAAAAGGGGCGUGAUUGGAAAAGGUGUUUGAGGGUGUGGCAUACACUCUAAAUCACGGUAAACCAUGUCGUUGAGUCAUACAGUAACAUACAUCUAGUCUAGAAGUGUUCGAUAAGGCAUUUGUAGUGGUGUUAUUGCUAAUUAAGUUCGUCAACGACACCACAAUCUUGCGAGUUGGCCCUUUAGUUGUGUUUCCAGUACGCUAAUGGGAUUGCACUCGUUUAAAAGGUGGUGUUUGUACAUUGUCACAGCCAUUUUUCAUUCAUUACCAACAAAGCUUAGGCCGAUAGGGGAGAUAGGUUAACGUGUUUCU